AUGGCAGCAUUUGUCAAAAUCCCUUUCUUGUACUACCACCCUCAACACCCCCUUCCAUUAUCCAUCCAAACGGUGCCUGUUAUCAGUGUUCCCUUGUCAUCUGCCACUGGCCCUGCCACCACCAACACCUGGCUAGGCCCGGUACUGGAACUAUGUGGUGAUCUGGAUGCAGUGAAGCAGUGGGGGGUUCUUGCCUAUCGUGAAGUCUGUGCCCCAACAGUGAAUCAGAAAGUGGAUGGCUGGGAUGGGUCGACACACUGUCUCAACCUACUCUGCAAGACACAAGACAGUGCUCACAGUCUCAGGCGAUACCUCCAAGCAAGAUUCCCAGGUGCGACUAUCAGAGAUAUUGCCAUGCAUGACUAUACACCCAGCAGAUACAUUGGGGUAUAUGAGCUUGGAUUUGUUGGUGAGGUCUUUUCUCGUGGGCUCAACCAAACCAUGAUCCAGACUCUCUUGGACCGUGCACCCGCCCCGCUAAUCCCUCAAGGCCCAGACACCUUGCCAACUGAGACAAUGGAGCUGUGGACCCGGAUCCAAGGACAUUUACCGUUCAAAGUGGUUGAGGUGACCUUCAAACAAGACAUGCUCGAAAAGAUGUGCUUGUGCAGGCCCUUUGAGUUGAGGAAAGAGGAACGUUUUGCUCUCCUUCGUUUCUGCCUUAUCCUUUGUCACCUUUGCCACUUCAAACACGCAUUCCAUCAACAAAUCUACCCCUCAGAGGGUUCUAUCUAUCCUGGUGUCAUUUGUUUCAUUGCCGGUUCUGCAAGGCAACUUUUUGAGGGCAUUGAACUACAAACAAACAAGAUGCUGAAGAGGUCAGGGAACCCAUCUCAAGAGAAGUUUGAGUCCAUUCAUUGGCAGCCAAAAACUGGCCUCUUUACACUCAAAGUGGUGGAGAAUCCACCUGCUCCCCUAAACAAGCUGACCACAGAGGAACUACAGGGGUGUCAGGGAAAUAGCCCCGAACCCUGA